CUUUUUGAUCGGACUAUUUAAAUCCUCCACCAUUUUCCACCUUUAUGCUUCUUUUUCUUUCUUUAUUUACACUUUUUUUGUAUAUACACCUAUAAAUGGCCGGUCAGGAUAGGUAUAUUGGGCUCAAAUUAUUAAGUUUAUUCAGUAUCGGUUGUAUUGGCUCAGGACAAAUGUUUCUACCCAUCUUUUAUAAAAAGGUGCUGGGAUUAGGCAACGAUAAAAUUGGGCUUAUCUAUUCAAUUACACCCUUUGUGUCGUUUGUUGCCUUUCCAUACUGGACAGCCUUGAUUGAUCGCACUGGCCAAUAUAAAAAGAUCAUGAUGACCAACAUGUUUAUCGCUCUUCUGUGUGUCUUGUCCAUCGCUGCGGUGCCAUGGGUUGCAGAUACCGAGUGGACGCGUAUCGGGCUUACCUCUGCAGGUUGCUUUGGAUAUGCCUUCUUUGGCUAUCCCGUGAUUGCGGCUUUGGUCGAUAGUGUGAUUUUACGAGUCUUGGCCGAUAGAAAGGAUCUGUAUGGCCGUCAAAAGAUUGGUGUGCCGAUUGGUUUUGCAUCCAGUGUAUUUCUCACAGGAUUCUUGACGGAGAAAUUAGAUUCGAUGUAUGCUUUAUUUAUUGUUUUCACCUUUUCGAAUUUGGCAUUCAUUGCUACCGUGUAUUUUACAGACAUUGAGCCCUCUGAAGACGAAUAUAAACCCUUCAUCUAUGGAUCUACCACAUCGCCCAUCAUAGUGGAUGCAAAUGAUGAAAUAUCUGUGUUACCACCAGUGCCGUCCAUGUGGUCCUUAUUAAAAGAUCCCGAUGCAGUUCAAUUCUUUACAUUCAUGACCGGCAUGGGUUUCUGUAUCGCCAUCGUUCAGGCUUUUCUGUAUCUUUAUUUUGAGAAUGAUUUACAUGGCACUCCAUUUAUGGUUGGCUUCUUUGGCCCCUUGGGCAGCAGUACAGAACUCAUCGCUUUUUACUUUUCCAAGCAGGAGCACGCCGUAUGUUGGUGGUGGCGCAAUCCAUCAUCAUGUACAGAUGCCUUACUUACAUUGUUUGCUCUGAACUCUCCUAUGGAGCAUGGUUAGCCACUGCCACACAAGUACUCCAUGGUAUUGGCUUUUCCAUGACCUGGAGUGCCGGAGCACUACAAGCAGAUCAAAUUGCGCCUGCCGGGUUAAAAAGCAGUGCGCAAGGUUUACUCAACAUGGCAUUUAAUGGCUUGGGUAGUGGUCUAGGUGCUUUGGUGGGUGGUAUUAUCUAUGAGAACUUUGGAGCUCAAGUGAUGUGGGCUACUGUUAUUACAGCAGCUGCUUUAAGUAUCCUCAUGUAUACCAGCACUUAUUUACGAAACACCUUCUUUCUCUCCAUCGCUUCCCUUAUCAAAUAACAUUCAAUCAUAAUAAAAUAAUUACGGACACAUGCCCACAAACGGCCCCCCUUUUCUAUCAUUCAAAUAGCACAAGGGCGAUCAAAGAGUG